UUUCAGAAAAUGGGAGAAGAUGAGGAUACCGAAAAUGCUACUGAUUCGCAGAAUAUCACAAAUGUGAAAAUACAGGGUGAAAAUUUCAUCACUAUCCAAAGUGAUUCUCUAAGAAAAUUACGAGAAAGUAACGAGAAAGAUGUAUACAACGAAGUGGAUAACAUCUUUUUCGAAAAUGUUGCAAAAUACACGAAGGAUCCAUGCAAGCUAAUUACAAAAUUGAAAGAAAAAUACAAGGAUGAAUUUAAGAAUUGGAAAUGUCUCCAUACGGAUCACGUGGAGCAUGGUGAUUUGGUUCGGAUGCGUGGAAUGAUUCUUAAUGGAAUGCAAACAGUAUUCUCAUUGAAUGCUGUAGUUACGGAAGAAGAGAAUGGCGACACUCGAACAGUUUGCGGAAUUUUGAGGAAUCGUAUCAAUUGUUCAAAUAUCAAGGAAGCAAAAGGUAUGACUCGUCGGAACGCUUACAUUUUGGUGCCCGAGAGAGGAGCAACGGAUUGGUACUUAGAAGCUUUUCAUGGUAAAGACCGUCGGAGAUUCACUGAGGUAUUUUCCAAAAAUGAAGAAUCUAGGACUUAUGCUCUGUUUUAUGACGAGGAAAGUGAAAAUUUUAAACCAAAUGUCGUGUUUGAUUUAUAUGGCAUUCUCGACUUAGCUGAAAUGAGAAUUGAAGAUAAUGAUGAUGAUAAUUCAGAUACAAGAAAUUCAUUGACCAUGAGAUCACUGCAUGUUAUUCAUUACGAACUAGUAGAACAUCACGAUAUUGUUGCAUCAACUCAUCGAGAGGUACUAGAGCGUAGAAACAUACAAGGGUUUGAAUCAGUGAUUUAUGCAUUCGAACAACUCUUCGAAAGUAAAGUUGCUGCACAAUCUUUGGCGUUUCAGUUGUUUAUUUCGCGGCAUUCUCAACCGCCGAGAUCGGUGGAAUAUACCUUUCCUUAUACGAUGAAAAGGAUAAGUGACAGUAAACUGAUAAUUGAAAUGAUCAAACUUUUCGUGCCAAAAGUUCACGUCGUCGAGAUCAUGGAGAAAACAAUGGAAGAGUCGUGGGCGUCAUAUGAGAGGCCUCAAAGCGGUUUCGAACAAGGUUUACUACAAGUAUCCGACAAUACUUUAAUUAUUAUCGAUGAAACGAAAGUGUCAUCAAUGAAAAGCUUAUCACUCACUAAGAAAGGACGCGGAAAUUACAAUUUAAUUAAAAAUUUCUUGUCUACUCGAAAGAUACCGUACAUUUAUCCUUAUCAAACGGUGGAAAUAGAAUCCAGCAUUAACGUACUUGUUUUGAGCGGCGAAAAGUGUUUCUUUGGGCAGGAAAAUUUUGCGAUGACCGCACCUAAAUCGUGCCGAAAAGAUGUAAACUUCGUUCAGCAAUAUGCUGUUAAGCAUGAAAGUGAACUUAAUCUUUGUCGGCAUGCACUUUUGUCUUGUUCCAAAGGUUUUUCCGACAUCAACAUUUGUAAAACUGUGGAAGAAUUGGCAGUCGAAAGUUUCUUGAACAUGCAACGCAUAUGUAGGAAUGCUGAUAAUUCGGCCAGAUUACACCGGCAGCUAAUUAUUUCCAAAUUGUUAACAGCACUAAAAGGUGAAAAAAUCGUUGAUAAGGAUUGUUGGACAAGAGCUGUGGAGCUUGAGAACGGACUUCAAAUUACUGCUGAAAGCCAUCUCCACUGAUGAUAAUAUACUCUGUCAUCACAAUGCCAUCUUUGAGUCACUUCCAAGUGAUCUUUUAUAUGAGAUUUCAAC